CUCGAAAUUGGGUCGAGCGCCAUGAACGAGAACAAUGCGGUGGGUGAGUAUACUGUUGAGUAUGUCUUCCACGAGUGUGGCGAUCUCGGCAUGUGUCUUAAGUUUCCAACCAACGGCGACGUAAUUGUUCAAAAACUCGAACCUGUCAUCGGUCUUGCCGAGCGUUCUUGCCCCAAUUUGCAAGAAGGCGACGUGUUGGUGUCAAUAAACGAUACGCCGACGACCGACAUGGCAUUCUCUGACGUGAUGAAGCAUCUUCGCGAUACUCUUGCCGCGUCGUCCGCAAAAGGCUUGAAGACGUCAUUGACGUUCGUUCCAGUGGAGGGGUCGUUUGACACUGCAGAGAAGGCUGUCGAGAACUGGCGACGACAGGAACAAAGCUUCAAGGACGACGGGGAAUUCGAAGUGGACUUUCCACCGUCACAACCACUCGGAUUUCGUUUGACGGAGAGCUAUAUCAUGGCAAAACCACUAUGUCUCGAGUCGACAUCGCUGUCCGAGCUUACUCCGCUUUUGCAUCACGCGAUUGUUCAAGUCAACGACCAUCUCGUGCUCGGGGCGCCAUUCCAAGACGUACUACAAUUACUACAGGAUGCAGCCUCCUUCCCCAAACAGAUUUGGUUUUGGAAACUCGCUCCAGGCCAUGACAGGGUGUACAAGGUCGUGACCAUUGCAAGCGCCGCCCUGCUCCAGACCAUGCAGUUAUCGCCCGUCGACUUGAUGUUCGAAGUGCCUAUCGUGCAUUCAAUCUUACCCACACCACGAUCCAAGUUGCCCGUCACCGCGCCGCCGUCGCAUUUUCUUUGCCAACCGCCCAUUCGCAACGACGGGAUACGAAAGGAGCAAUACUUAAUGGCCAUCAACGGCAUAUCCACGCUGACCGUGCCCAACGCCGACAACACCGCGUCCGCCGAGUCGUCUGUUUCGAUGCUGCAUCGUGUGAUGGAAUCAUCAUUGCAUCUUCCUCGGCGUCUCUCCUUUCGAGACAUUGAGCUGUACAAAAGCGAAUUCCAAUCCAAGCGACCUUUGUCCCCGUGGAGACGUACUGUCCGCAGCACAGAGUCCUCUAGCGCACCCCGCGGCCCACUAGCAGAUGCUGUGACGAUACAAGUUGUGUCCAAGCCAUUUUCAGCCCUCGUCACAGAGAAUGCAACCUCAAUACCACAUGUCGACCCGACCAUCGAGCCUGUUCGACGCAAGUGGCAGCAUGGGAAGAGUCGUUGUGUGGAGAUUUCACCGUCAACAGGUCCACUCGGCCUCCAGCUCGAGACGGACUUUUCAUCCAAGUUCACAGUGUUCAAGCGCUACGUUCGCACAAACACCGUGAAGAGAAAAACGAUAUGUGUUGGCGACCGCAUCUUGUUUGUCAAUGGAGUUCCCGUGAAAGAUAUACCAAAGGAAAAACUGGAGCAGCUCAUCAAGGGCCACGCCGAGCCCCGGAAAUUCACUGUCGGACGAACGAAAACGUCGCCGAAAGGCCCAUGGAGCGCCAUCUCGUCGUGGAUUCACCACUUGCGAUCGACACCACAAAUACGGCAUUUUCACCCCAUUCAAUGACAAAGGCUCGGUACAAACUCAAUUCAUGGUGGACUCGAUCGCCACAGAACGGAGCCCAUACCACCCAUGUUUUCCAACGAUUGCAAACACAUCCACGUCAGCACUUGUGUCGGACUCAACCCUUCGUCUAGGCGGCACUUCUCGCUGCUAACGCGACAGUCCGCACCUUCUGCACUGCAUCAAGCGCUAACUUGCAAAGAAUUCGCCUUCUUCACACACUUUCC